AUGCAAGAUUUACCACCUAUUGGAGGCUACGAACCUGUUCAAUGGAAAAGAAAUCUUCCAUCUAGAGGGUUUAGACCUGCUAUUUAUUUCUGGGGAUUUACUGGAUUAAUGGCAUUUGGAUUUUAUAAAUAUUACAAGGGUGUUGAUGAACAACGUGAAUUAGCAAGAGAAAGACAGUGGGCGCGUUUCCACUUAGAACCAUUAUUAUUGGCCGAAGAAGAUAGAAAUGUUGCUAGAAGAUAUUAUUCUGAAAAGGCAAGACAAGAACUUGUUAGAGAAACCAUGUCCCCAGAAAAGAAGGCCAAAUUUGAUGAAGAGUUAUACCAUGAUAAGUCCAAAUUCCGUUUCCCAAGAUUUACUGCUGGUGUUCAUCCUUCAGAACGUUAG